AUGCUACCUCCCUUAAAGAAUGGAACAGGCGUAUAUGGCUCGUUGGCUCGCCUGAUGAAGCGACAACGCAUUCAGCGCGUGCGCAGUAUAGAAGUAGGUGUUCGUAUGGUGUUAUCCAGACGCCGCGUUGCUAUACUAGGAGGGCGCGAAACAUUGUACUAUGAUUCCGAACGAUUUGGCUCCCAGAAUUUCCACUUGAGUGAAAAACUUUAUACACGAUACUCGGCAAUCGCUCUACAAAUCGGCUGUCCCUAUUUGGAAACAUUCAACAAUGUGGUAAUGACGCUCUUUGAAGCAGGUAUUCUCUCUAAAAUGACGACUGAUGAGUACAAGAAUCUUCCAGAAGCUUCUAGACGCUCCGAGAAAGUAACAGAGAGUGAGAAUAAAGAAAGUAUUGAAUCAGGAGAGAGUGGUGCUACGUCACAGACACAAAGUGAAUCUACAAUCGGCUUAGAACCAGUUUCACUCAGAAUACUGCGAGGUGCCUUUUGUCUCCUCGGUGUUGGAUAUUUAUCUGCUGCACUGGUUUUAUCCAUAGAGAUCCAAGUAUACAAACGUAAAUCUACCAAACCCGAGGUUUUAGAAACUAAAAAGUGCAGAGCGUUAAGAAGAAUAAAAAUCCUCUUGAGACGACAGAUGAGAAGAAUGAUCAGGGCCUUUUACAGAUAUAUCGACAAUGCCCUCGCACCAAUGGUUUAG